GGGAACACGAGGGUGAUAGUCGAGGUUGCAAUAGUAAGGCGACAUCCUUGUGGUUGGCAAGACGACAUGGUUGUAGGCUAUCUCCGCAUGGGCAAGAUGGAGAUCCCACUGUUGGUCGUCACGAACAAUAUUUCGAAGAAUAUCUCCGAGAGUCCUGUUCGUCACCUCGGUCUGACCAUCAGUUUGGGGCUGCUUGGCAUAGAAGCCGUGACUGCGCAAGCGAUCAAAAACGCCGCGGAGGUGUCUGAGAUGCUCCUCAAGGGUACGACUGUAGAUCAAGAUAUCGUCGAGGAAGACGAGAAUGUACUGCUCCAGGAUGUCCCUGAAGAUGUCAUUAGUCGCCCUCUGGAAGGUAGCAGGUGCAUUGGUGAGGCCGAAUGGCAUCACCGUAAGCUCGUAGUCACUGUGGCCGAAGCGCGAUCGGAACGCUAUCUUCGGCUGGUCCGCUGCAACGACGCGGAUCUGAUGGUAACGGCUACGAAGAUCAAUCUUCGUAAAGAAGCGGUUGCCUGUCAGGCGGUCGAACAGCUCGUCGGAACGAGGCAUGGGGUAGUUGUUCUUAACCGUGUAGCGGUUGAGCCCGCGAUAGUCGAUGCAGAGACAGAGAGUUUCAUCCACUUUGCGAGCAAAGAGGAUGGGUGCACCCCGCGAGGAGUUUGUAGGGUGCCUGGUGGUGAACACGAUAGUCAUGCACAAGUUGGAUGGAGUGCUCGACAUCACGCAUGCGGUGGGAUGUCGGCAUACGAGAACGACGAUGAAAAAACGUCGUGAGGAGGAGCGGGAGCAGCGGGAGGAGCGGGAGGAGCGAUGGGAAAAGGAGCGGGAAAAGGAGGGGUGGGAGGAGUUGCGGGAGGGGAAAUGCGAAGGGGCGGAGGAGCCACGGGAGGAGGGGCUAGAGAAGGAGCAGCGGUAGGGGAAACAGGAAGGGGGUUGGGAGCGGGAGAAGGAGCACGAGGAGAAACGGGAAGGGGCGGAGGAGGCAUGAGAGGAGGGGUGGUAGAAGGGGAGGAGAUAUGGGUGGAGGAGGAGAGGCGGGAGGAGCACGAGGCCGAGCGGGAGAAGGAGCGACAGGAGGAACGGGGGAAAGAGCAGGGGAAGCAGUGGGAGAGGAGGAGGAGAGGGAGGAGCAGCAGGAGAACGAGCGGGAGCGGGGCUAUGGAGGGAUCUUUGUCACGUUGUUUGGCGGAGGAGGAUCGGGAGGGGGACGAGGCGGACGAGGGGGAGGAGUGGGAGGAGCGGGAGAAGGAGCGAGAGGAGGCGUGGGAGAAGGAGCGGUGAAGGAGCGGGAGUGGGGCUAUGGUGCGGGAAGAGGAGAGGGAGGAGGGGGAGGAGGAACGGGGGGAAAAGCAGGAGAAGC